CAAAUAUGUCUGCAAAUGACUAGUACAAAACAAUAAAAAUAGCAAGUUGUUAAACAAUCGUGCAUUGUUAAUCUAUCGUUGUGGUUGUUAAAGUGUGUGUGAUAGGUUCGAGGUUUGCGCGAAUCGCACGCUCAUGGAUGAAAAUGUUAGCAAAAGACGUUACGAAAAACUGGGCUUUAAACCCCAAAAGGAGAAUGUUUACAACAAAUUACUGCCCUAUGCCGAGAAAUUGGACGAGGAAUCGACGCAACUGUACGCCGAUAUUAAAACUAACCUUAUCAAGUCGGUUCUAGCACGUGAGAUGAGACCAGGAUGCGCCUUAUGGACCUCACGUUUGAACAAGUACAUUAAAAUUUAUGGAAUGAAAUUCUCAAAGGAAGACCACAUUUGUUUUAUUAAACUGUUUUACGAUCUACUGACCAUUCCUGAUUUAGAACCGACCAGAAUCAAUAAAUGCGCUUCAACGUUAACCCAAUUGCUCAAGAAGAAGUAUUUGAUAUCUAGAGAUGAAUUACAGUUAGAAUGGCGACCUUUAUACGACUUGUGUAUCAGAGUAAUGGAGAAGAGCAAAACCGAUAUAGGAAUGUAUCGUUGCUUUUCAACAUUAGAGGGGACCCUAAUGAACGUUAUCAGACUAGCUAGAAUCUACUUCCCUGCAUCAGCCACUCAGGAAAUUUUAGACGAGUUCAGGCCUCGCUUAUGUCCAAUGAGCAGCCCCACAAUCCUCUCAGCCAUCCAAUACCUUGAAAUUUUCUUACCUGUUUGCGUCAAACCCGAGGAAGCUGCCAUUAGUUACGAUUUAUGGUUUGAAGAACUUAUGACGCUGUGGAACGCUUGUCAUAACGCAAGUGCUUGGGAAGAUCACAUGAUGUGGAUGAUUGCGCGACUAUCCAGCUACACCAUGGGGUAUAUCAAUUGGGAGCCCUACAUUCCCAUGAUGUUUGUGCGAUUUUCGCGCAGUUUUCAGUUACCUGUAGCUUAUAGACAGAAACAAACCGGCAAACAAUACAAAAUCGAAAUUUCCGCAAUGGCGAUUUGGAUAACAUGCGCUUUGAACGGUGAUAAAAAUUCGACUUUCUUUCAUUUGGAAAAGUUCAUGCAAGCGCUGGAAUCCUACUACUAUCCGGCAAAUAUGGGCCGAUGGUCGAUGAAGUUGAGGGAAUUGUUGCGAAAACUUGCCUAUUAUUUCGUGCAAAGGGUGCAUUGUGAACGAUACAAGAAAAAAACGUGGGAUACGAACAUUCCAGAUCAUUAUAAAUUGACCGACGAGGAUAUUGAUAGAUUCGUCAAUAUUAUGAAGCCGUGUCUUGAGCAGGCAAUGUUUUCGAGACAAGGGGGGCAAGAUAUCAUCCUAGCCUUGCAAUAUCUGGGGUCCCUAAGACCAAACCUGGUCAUUCCAAUGACUUUGGAUAAAUUGUAUGCUUCAAUGGAUAGUCUCACAGAGCCGCACAAACUGACGUCGUCCAUGAUGGGCGUGACGGCAGUGGCAAGGUACAUGGUACAAGGGGCGCGCAGCAACUACCCAGAAGGAUUCACCCAUGUGCUUCCACUCCUAAUGGCCUUACUCCCAGGGAUUGACCCGAACGAUAUCCGAAAGUGUUUAGUGACUUUCAACUUCAUGGUUCAUUUUAUUAACAUGAUUCCGUUGAUCAAUUGUUCCGAAGCGAGUAAAUAUCACGAUGACUUGACGGAAGAAGAACACAUAGUUUGCGAAGCCAGCGAUGGUUUCGAAGAUUUCGUUUUGCAAUUUUUUGACAGACUGUGUCUUUGGGUCGAGUCUAAUUCCCUAGACUUUGUUAGACUAGAACAGGAUGCUAACAGCAACAAUAAUAAAAAUCGGGCCGAAGUGAUCGCCGAAACGGCCCUUUUCUCGAUCAUUUCAACAGUUUUACACCAGUGCUCGCCAGAAAUUUUCACAGCCGCUCUUAAAAAAGUGUUCAAUUUCGUAAGUGACAAAGUAAUGGAGAUACAAAUUUCGGGCAAAAUGACGGCGAUUAUAUGCCAAGGCUUUGCCAAAGUCAAUCCUAAGGAAACCCUGAAACUGUUCAUUCCACACUUGUGUGAUAUCAUCGAAGGCUUAAUGAACGAAAACCCAAACAUAGAAAAAGAGGAACAUCUCGACGCUGAAUUGCUUUACAAUUUGCAAAUUUUAUCAGAAGUUGUGGAUGCCAGGACCGAACUUGUUACGUAUUCCGACAGGUUGAUGAAAAUCCUUGAUAGGACUUUACACAUGAGUUCGUUGAGUGGUAGUCAGAUGGCAUCACGCAUGCUUGAAGUUAUGAUGACCUCACUGACUUACAUACUGCCAACUGAAUACCGAAGUUGUUCGACACCGUAUGACACACAUGUUAAGGACUUUCUCUCGAUAAGAGAGUGGGGCAAAGCUCAAAAUAUCAAAGAUCUGGAAAUCUCGUGGUACGUCCCUGGAGAUAAGGAAAUCGCCUUAGUUCAGUCACUCAUUAAUAAGUAUUUGGUACCCGAAGUUUCAAAACUUAGCAAACACGCCUCUGGAGAGUCAGUCCUGACGAGAGAAGAGCUGCGAAGGUCGCUUAGGAUAGUAAUUUCGAUAUUGUCAUCACAUCCAGUGUUGCCAAUCUGGGACGAACCUGCGAUACAGCUGGUCGACUCGGUUUUAGAUCCGUGGGCUUUCAAUCUAAUCGUGAGCGAUUCUCAUGCUGUAAAUAUGCCAGACGGCUCAAACAUCCGAAAAGUGAUAGCAGAUUUGAUGCAUAAAGUCCAGAAAAAAAUCCUAGAAGUGGACGAAGGUGACACUAAAAGCAUCCACAACAUUGUCCAUAUCUACAAUAUACUUCUUUUCAACAAAUCACGUGUUCAUGAUUUCGAGUAUCAAUGGAAGAACUUCCACUUGGUGAAAAAACUACUCGAAGACCGUUUACACCAAAAUAAACUGCACUUGCGACAUAUCCUUAUCAACAGAGUGAUGUUGCAGCAAGAAUUUAGAAUAGAAAGUCGUAGCUGUUCAUUCACAGAAACCCACAAACAGAUUCUUUUGGACCUGUUUGAACUAAGUGUGUCGCGAUAUAGCGAGGUGAGAAUUUCAGCACAGUCGAAGCUAUUUUCUGUAGUGUCAUACUUCCCAUACUCUUACACCGUUCUCACAUCGCGUAUAUUCGAAAUCUUAAAACUAAACUCAGAAGAACACCAUGAGAAGUUCAAGGGUUGUUUAUACAUUUUGAUAAGUCCGAAAAAUACACCAAUAGUGGCACGUCACGACUGGAAUUUUAUUCGCCAAUUGUGGCCACUUAUCAUCAAGUCGAUGCCAUCCGAAAAACCCUCAAUUGUCAAUUUGAUAAAUGCGAUAGUCGACGCUGUUAACCGAUUUUUCCCGACCAUUGCCAUUAACUUGGUUUUUCCGCAAAGAUGUCUAGACGAUGCCACUUUGCUAAGUCAAAAUGUGCCCAAAUGCGACCUGACCCACUUCCAAAAAUAUAUGGACGAGGGCGAGAAAACGCUACAAAUUAAAUGCCAAAAGCGCGCAGUUGCGUACAAUGAGACAGUUGAUGGGCUUUUGGAUGCUUGUAUUAAUGGAAAUUUGCACUGGAGGUAUCACUCAAUGGCUGUUACGUUCCUAAAGGUGUUAGUACACUAUGACGUUAAAUACAACGUGAGGAUAGUGAAGUAUUUUCUACAAGCCUUAAUAAAUGAGUCUAUAACCAUUAGAAAAACGGCAUUAAGAGUCUCUCUGUUUAUUUUAAUUCAGAAUAAACCCAAAUUUACGAAAAUUGAAAUUGAUCCCUACGGUUUCUCCAACAGUAAAAGAAAUAACCACAAGUUGAGGCCCGGAAUAAGAGAAGACAAUAAAUGGUUAUUGUACGACAGUAAAACGGUCCCGAAAGAUUCAGAAGCGUGGGAAAAACCGCGAUUUUUGCACGAUCACAGCAUAGGGUAUUACGCUUGGCCUACGAAAGUCGAAAUAUACGCACCCCCAAGCGAACAACCCCACAUAGACAAAAGGUUCCCAAAACUGAGCGAAGAGGAAAAAGAGAUUUACGAGUUUUUCAGCAAUGCGGAAAAUUUAGACCAAUUCAUUAAAUAUUUCUCAAUGGAGGAGAAGAAAGGGAAAGACCAGUUCAACGCUUACAAGUUCCUCCUGUUCAAGAACCUGUUCAAACUUUUCGAAGACAAGCUCCUUGACCCCAUCAUUCCCCACUUGGAGAAGCUCGUGGCUGAUAAAAACGAGUCGUCGCAACGUUGCGCUGCUGAGAUAAUCAGCGGUUUAAUCCGCGGUUCGAAGCAUUGGAGUUUUGAUAAAAUCACCAAACUUUGGUCAGUCCUGAUCCCGAUCCUCGAAACUGCAGUUGUGAAUAUGUGUAGCGAAACCAUGACCGACUGGGGCCUCAGUAUGGCGAUGGCUUUGGACUCCAGAGACCCCAACCGCUACCAUUGGAUCUUGGAAUACCUGGUCAAAGAUCCACUCUCCGACCAAACAUCGUUUGUGGCCUGUGGGCGCCUCCACAUGCUCCAUGCAGCCCUUAACCAACAAACUUGGAGAAAUAACGAACUGUCAGUUCGCUUGUUCGACUACUUCAAACAGCACUUGUCGCACCCUUUCCAGAAUAUCAGGGACAAAAUUAGUAGUUGUCUGACGAUGAUUUUUUCCAAAGAUUUGAUUUUCCCCGAUGAUGCUAACGAUACGAAUUCGGCGGGAAUUAAGGCGUUUUUCAAGGAGAUAAUGCCCACACUUGACAAUUUGUACAGUUACACUUUGAGCAAAAUCGAAAGUAAGGAUAAUCCAAUGGAUACGUCUGAAGUAUCAAAAGAUAUGCAAGGACUGUCGCUCGAAAACGACGAAGUUCGAGAAAAUGCCAUGAGGUUGUUCAAACUAGUUUCAAAAUACGUGACAUCGAGUGUUGUAAGAAUGAACUACUCCACGCUGCCUGAAUAUUUCGAGAUUUUGCCACUGUCGUGUGUGCUUCAAAGCAACGACACCGACGACGAAAUCGCCCCAAUUUGCUCGAGUUUGCUCGCAGUUUUGGCCUACACCAUAACUAUUGACAAAUACAUGCCUUCGGCCCUUGAAGCAAUAAGAAAAGUUGCCACUUGUCCGUUCUGGUCGGCUCGUGCGGUUAUAACCGAAUUCAUGUCCGGUUUUGUAUUCCACAAUAUGCCCACGAUUAUUUCGAAAAAGGAGUGGGUACUAGAUAUACAACACAUGGUGCUAGAACUACUCGAAGAUGUUCAACCUGAAGUUAGAGUUAGUGCUAGUCAAGUUUUAAGCGGUCUUUUGCACUGCCAAUUUAUUCCAAACCCUCAAGAAUUAUUAGCGCAAUUUAAACAGAAAGCGAAAACUAAAUUGAAGAAGAAAAAUUUGAACAAUUCAAACAGUUUGAAUCUUAGUACUUUAAGAUUUAGACAUGCUGGAGUUUUGGGCUUGUGUGCUUUUAUCAAUAGCCAUCCAUACGACGUACCUGACUUUUUACCGGAUGUUUUUGGACAAUUAGGACCCCAUUUGAACGACCCCCAACCCAUUCCUGCAACAAUUCGCAAAACCUUGGGAGAUUUCAAGCGAACGCAUCACGAAAACUGGGAAAUCCACAAACUCAAAUUUACUGAGGAAGAACUGUUAGUUUUAAGUGAUCUCACAGUGCCUCCCAGUUAUUACGCCUAGGCAAUAAUUUUCCGAUUCCAGUCAAUUUACAAUUUAAUUUUUUACUAGACAAUAGGUGAAGGAAGGUUUAAGGUAGCAAAAAUUUACGCGUCAAAUGUUUUUUAUUUUUAACCUUGUUCAUUAUAUUUUUUGUGGUUUGAUAAAAGUAUAUUAAGUGAAAUGUUUAUACAUGACUUAAUUCAUCUAAUAAAGCAAGACAUUUGUCUUUUAAUAUUUUAA